AUGUCUGAAAAAUACACAAAAGCUGCUAACAAAUUCAUUGCCGACAAUAAGUACUUUAUGAUCUCUAAAUCUUGGUGCCCUGAUUGCCAUUAUGCUUAUAGAAUAUGGGAAAAAUAUAAAGUCUCAGAUAAAUUCUUCAUCCUCGAAUUAGACAAGAUAUCUAAUAAAGACCAAGCAAUCAACCUAGAAAAGGCUUUCACUAAAAUCAUUGGUCAAAAGUGGGUCCCUUCUAUUUUUUUCAAUGGUCUUUAUUUUGGUAAUGAACAAACUUUAAAAAAAUUGGAGCAAGAUGGUUUAUUAAAACAAAGAUUCAUUGAAGUUGGUUUAAUCAAUUCUUCCCCAAAUUUAUAA